AUGCGCAACCCGGAGAAGCUCAUGGCAGGAUGUGCGAGACCAUGGACAACUUCGUGCUCGUCCCCGGCGUCCACCGCCAUAUGCCCCAGCUUGGAGCGGCAGCCCAUCUUCCGCCCGGAGAAGACCGGCGCGCCCAGAGCCCACGGGUAGGACGACAAGAGUCACCACCACGACCGGGUUGGUGCUGCUAGUGGCGAGCUCGUUAGCCCGGUCGGCUCGUCCAGGUUCCUGUUCAGCAGGUGUGCCGCCGUCGAUGAGAUCCAGGAGGUGGCCACGGCACCGGCGGCGCCUCAGGCUGCUGCCCCCGGUGGUGAUGUGAGAAGGGAGGAGCCGGCUGCUCCUGCUGAUGUCAAGAGCACGAACUCUACGCAGGAGCAGAUGGACAGAGAUCAGGUAGUGGUGCUGAAGGUGUCCCUGCACUGCAAGGCGUGCGCCGGCAAGGUGAAGAAGCACCUCGCCAUGAUGGAAGGUUAA